AUGCCUACUCCGGUGCAUGAUUUCUUCGCUAGCUCUGUGGCCCUCGAGAUAUAUAAACAGCUUCAGUCCAUUGCAAAUGGCGACAGCGCAGCAAGCAAGUUCGCGAAGCAAAUCCAAAGCGGAGGGUCUUCCCGUAUAUUUUUAAAAGACGGCGAUUCUGGUGAAGAGACGGCAGUUCCAAGGACCUUUCCACACAGACAACCUGACGCGCAAUUCCAAUAUCCCCGCACAGCAUAUCCUGGUAUAGUCCUGGAGGUUUCUUAUUCACAAAACGGGAAGGAUCUUCAGAAGUUGGCUCGAGAUUAUAUACUACAGUCCAACGGCGAUAUUAAGGUGGUAAUUGGCUUCAAUAUCAAUUACGGCGAAACAGAAGAAUCAACCGUGUCUCUGUGGCGCCCCUUGUAUAUUCAAGAAAAAGGAGAGGAAUACGAUAUGCUUGAUGUGCAGCAGGAAAUCAAAUAUGAACCCUUUCGAACUCCGGACGGAGUAUAUGUGAACCAAACUCAGCAUAUACGCCUAGAGCUGAGCGACUUUGCGCCUGACAGAGUGUCGGCAGACUUUCAUGGUUUAUAUCUGGAUAUCAGUUACGAGAAACUUGCCGACUUUCUUAGAGAUGCUGAGGAAAUGCGCCAAGCAAGGGAGUCGGGCGUUGGUAUUAAAACUGACCGAAAGACAAGAAAGCGAAAGUACUCGUCAUCUUCGGCCGAAGAAAUAAAGACGGAGGACGAGGCUGAACAUUGUCUUCGGGAGACAGAAGACGCGCAACGCUCCGCCGCGCGCGAUACUGACUAUAACCCACUUUCCAGGAGAAGGAGGAUAUAG